AUCAAUAGUAGUCGAUAACGAACCACUGGAAAUGUAGUUCAAAGCGUUAUCUCAUGUUUAUUGGUUUAGCUCUCAAAAGUUGGUUAGUAGGUUAAACGUGUUCGCUAAAUUGCAGGGGUAAAUAUGGGUCCUAAACGUAUAGUAAUUGACACCGAUCCAGGGGUGGAUGACGCCCAUGCCAUUUUAUUCUUGCUGGACGCUGAUAAAUUAAAUAUGGUCAAAAUUGAGGCGAUCAUAGUGACUAAAGGAAACACGACUGUCGAGAACGGUUGCAGAAAUGUGAUUCGCUUAUUGAAGAUGAAGAACAGAAUGGAUAUCCCGAUUUACAAAGGAGCUUCGUAUGCCUUGCUUUCGAACGAAGUAGCCGCUUCAACAUAUUUUGGUGACGAUGGUAUGGCAGAUGCAGAGUACGAUGAAGAGCCCGAUUUGUCGAUAGUCAACAAAAAACCCGGAUCUUUAGCGUUGCUCGAGUUAGUCGAGCAAAAUCCUCACGAACUUAGCUUACUGUGUUUGGCACCGCUAACUAAUAUCGCACUGGCAGCAGGUUUAAAUGGUGACUUCUUUGAAAACGUCAAGGAAGUAUUUAUUAUGGGUGGAAAUUGGCGAGGUCAAGGUAAUGAAACGGAAUGUGCCGAAUUUAAUUUCCAUUACGAUCCGGAAGCCGCAUACAUGGUUUUGCAGAAACUGAGGUGCCCAACUACAAUUUUACCAAAUGAAACAUGCAUGGCAGCCCGAAUUGAUACGAGCUGGAGGUUUGAAACUUUGAUCAAUGACUCCAUUGAUCUUACCUUCAUGACGAUGCUGGAAAGGAAGUUUUUUAAGCUGAGGGAUAUAGAAGCGUGGACUCCUUAUGAUCUUUUUUCUGUGUUACUCAUCCUGUAUCCGGAGGUGGUAGUGCGUUCAGCCGAGUACAACGUUACUGUCGAGCUUCACGGUCGAUUCACACGAGGGCAGAUGAUACUGGAUCAUUUAAGAAACAGAACAUCGAAUGUGAAUAUAGUUCAAAGGAUUGAUAAGGAGCGUGUUAUGCAAAUAUUAUUAAAUUGGUAUCACAUAUACCCGAAUGAGUAACAUUAAAUAAUUGUCUAGGUACCUACACUAUUUUGAAAAAAUAUGGACUUAGGACAAGCUCCAAAACCUUGUCUCAGUGAAAUGUACUCGUAUUAUUACCUUAAUAUAUUAUAAUAUAUAUUAAUAUAAAACGCCCUCACUGCCUUACACAGUUGUAAUGGUUCUCUUAUUUCUUCCUAUAUUUCGCAACGCUUGAUGCUACAAUACCACUGACAAACAGAACAUUUGUAAAACACAACACAGAAGUAGUGUAUUGGAGUAGGUAGAGAAGGAUUAAUUUUAGAUAAAGUUAUCAGUACUACCACAUUUAGUCACAAAUUGCUUUAUCUAAAUUGUGUCUCAAUCAAACUCCAAAUAAUGAUGUAUGUUUGACUACAUUGAGGACAAUAUCAAUAAUGAAACAUACCCAGUUUUCACUCCUUUCCACAGCUUUUCUAUUUACCACUUUCCUUAAGAUUUUCACUAAAAUAAAUUGAUUUUUUCGUAGUCACGGUCUUUUGAACUACCCAUUGAAACUCAAAUCUAAUAACAAUAUACAAGAGUCUUUAUAUAAAAAAAAUUAAACACACCGUAUAAAUAUUCAUAUUGAACUCAUUCACUGGGAGCUUUUCUGCUUUGAAACUAAAGUAGCGUUAAAUAAAUAUUUUAUAUAAUUAAGAUAACCAUACCUCAUGUCCUUCUGUAAAUGACGAUGUUGGCAUAAAACAGAUUUGGGGCAGUUAUUCCUAGCUGAUAUCCCAAGAUCUGCAACCCCCGAACUCUUCUAGGUUUCCUGAACCCCUAAUUAUCCUAAAGCUCAUAUGAAUUUCAAUCCUACUUAUGUACCCUGUAGCUUACCACCUAUACUUUCUACCUGGCGUGACUCACUAACUUUUUUUAGAAACUUCGAUCCCUUUGACAAUUGUUACACAUGUUCUUGACAGUGGCGGAAUUACAUAUAGGCACACUAGGCGCGUGCUUAGGGGCGGCAGCUUUAGAGGGCGGCAUUUUUUGCACUCUAUUUAUUUUAGGUAAUAUUUUAACUUUUAGUUCCCUAACAAAUUACAAAUGACAAACAUUUUUAAUUAAAAUUAUGAAAUAAAUCGGAAUUGAUAGAUAGUUUAAACAAACUGUAACUGCAUGAACGAUAAUCGACAAUACAAGUUUUGACGUGUAUGAAAACUUAAUCUU